AUGUUGGCUGUCUUGAAUGCGCUCGAUGAGAACAGCAGCAUUUGCAAUGUGGUGUUUAAGAUCAAGCCUUGGCUGAAUCUUGGUGACUCAGAGAUCAGUGAGUCCAUCAACCUGCUGCUAAGGAAAGCAAACAGUGAGUGGGACCCCGUGUCUGAUGGUGCUGCAGGAGAAUUGCAUCAAGCUGUUGUUGCAAUGCAUCAACUGAUCGGAGAGAAGGGAUCGUUGCUUGACCAGUUGGGGGCUUGUUCAGUUGAGAGGAUGAUGCAGCUGUUGAGUGGCCCAGAAAGUGAAAUGAGCGGUUUGGGAAUGGCAUUCAAGGAGUUGGAAAACAAGGUUGCAGAUUGGAACAAAGCAGCUGUCCCAAAUGUCACGGACAUGCAGAAUAAGCUGGUCGAGGAAGCCAGCUGUUUGUCUCGUGCAGCAAAGGUGAUUUUGGCGUGUCAGUCUGGCUUGAUUCUUGUGAAAGACAAGAAGCAUGACGACGUCGACAACUAUAUGACAAAGCUCACGAAGAGGGAAUUGACAUUGGAAGCUUUGCCA